ACUCCUAUUCGGCCUCCCCCAGGAAGGAGAGAGGAGGCUGGAAACAGGAGGAGCUAGCCCGGGGCAGCCUCCCUCCUCCCUCUCCACCCCAAAGGCAGGAAUUUCUGGGACGGGCAGAUUGUCCACCCCCUCUUCCUCCUCCUGCUCCAAGCCGCAAAGGGAGAACCUCCGCGACUUCUCCGUCUUCCAACCAGAGUGUCCCCCCACCGUGGCGACAGGGGUGACUGACGAAGUGGGUCUCGGGGACGCAGGGGUGGCGAGGCCCCAGGGGAAGGGUGGAGCGCGGAGGAGGCUGCGGUCCUGCCCUCCCCCACCCCACCCACCGCAGGGCUGGGCGCGGGGGCUGCGGCGCUGGCCCCCCGCGGGCGCUACCCCCGGAGACCGGCGGGCCAAGUGGUUAGCGAUGCCGCUGCUGUCGCUGUCGCUGCUCCUGCUGCUGCUGCUGCAGGUACCAGCGGGCUCCGCCGAGACCGCGGCGGGGGCAGCCACCCCCGAGCGGCUCCGCGAGUGGCAAGAUAAAGGAAUCUUCAUUAUCCAAAGUGAGAACCUUGAGAAAUGUAUUCAAGCCAGCAAGUCUACACUGACCCUGGAGAACUGCAAACCACCCAACAAGUACAUGCUGUGGAAGUGGGUUUCAAACCACCGACUAUUUAACAUCGGAGGCAGUGGCUGCCUGGGCCUGAAUGUGUCUAGUCCAGAGCAGCCACUGAGCAUAUACGAGUGUGAUUCCACCCACGUUUCCUUGAAGUGGCACUGUAACAAGAAGACGAUCACAGGCCCACUCCAGUACAUGGUCCAGGUGAAGCAGGACAACACGCUUGUGGCCUCAAGGAAAUAUCUCCAUAAGUGGGUUUCCUAUAUGUCUGGUGGUGGAAGCAUUUGUGACUAUCUGCACAAAGAUUUGUACACAAUCAAAGGGAAUGCCCACGGGACUCCAUGCAUGUUUCCCUUCCAGUACAAUCAGCAGUGGCAUCACGAAUGUACCCGGGAAGGGCGGGAAGACAACUUACUGUGGUGUGCCACGACCAGCCGAUACGAAAGAGACGAGAAGUGGGGAUUUUGCCCAGAUCCUACAUCCACAGAGGUGGGCUGUGAUGCAGUCUGGGAGAAGGAUCUCCAUUCACGCAUUUGCUACCAAUUCAACAUGCUUUCCUCCCUCUCCUGGAGUGAGGCUCAUUCUUCAUGCCAGAUGCAAGGAGGUGCUUUAUUAAGUAUUGCAGAUGAGACUGAAGAAAAUUUCAUAAGGAAGCACUUGGGCAGUGAAGCAGUGGAAGUAUGGAUGGGUCUGAAUCAGCUGGAUGAAGAUGCUGGCUGGCAGUGGUCUGACAGAACACCACUCAACUAUCUGAACUGGAACCCAGAAAUAAAUUUUGAGCCAUUUGUUGAAUAUCACUGUGGAACAUUUAAUGCAUUUAUGCCAAAGGCCUGGAAAAGUCGGGAUUGUGAGUCUACCUUGCCCUAUGUGUGUAAAAAAUAUCUAAAUCCCACUGAUCAUGGACUAGUUGAAAAUGAUGCUUGGAAAUAUUAUGCUACACACUGUGAGCCUGGCUGGAAUCCCCACAAUCGUAAUUGCUAUAAACUUGAGAAAGAAAAAAAGACCUGGAAUGAGGCUUUGCAGUCUUGCCAGUCCAACAACAGUGCAUUAAUAGACAUAACUUCGUUAGCAGAAGUGGAGUUUCUUGUAACCCUCCUUGGAGAUGAAAAUGCAUCAGAAACAUGGAUUGGUUUGAGCAGCCAUAAAAUUCCAGUUUCCUUUGAAUGGUCUAGUGGCUCCUCGGUCACCUUUACUAAUUGGCACACACUUGAGCCCCACAUUUUUCCAAAUAGAAGCCAGUUGUGUGUCUCAGCAGAGCAAUCUGAGGGACACUGGAAAGUCAAAAAUUGCGAAGAAACACUUUUUUACCUUUGUAAGAAAGCAGGCCAUGUCCUUUCUGACACUGAAUCAGGCUGUCAAAAGGGAUGGGAGAGACAUGGUAAAUUCUGUUACAAAAUCGACACUGUCCUUCGAAGCUUUGACCAUGCCUCCAGUGGUUACUACUGUCCUCCUGCGCUUAUAACCAUUACAAGCAGGUUCGAACAGGCUUUUAUUACCAGUUUGAUCAGUAGUGUGGUAAAAACGAAGGACACUUAUUUUUGGAUCGCUCUUCAAGAUCAAAAUAAUACAGGAGAAUACACUUGGAAGACAGCAGGGCAGAAAUUGGAGCCGGUGAAGUACACACACUGGAACACACGUCAACCCCGCUACAGUGGUGGCUGUGUUGUCAUGCGAGGGAGGAGUCACCCUGGUCGCUGGGAAGUGAAGGACUGUAGACACUUUAAGGCGAUGUCCCUGUGCAAGCAACCAGUGGAAAAUCGGGGGAAAACCAAGCAAGAAGAAGGAUGGCCCUUUCACCCCUGCUAUUUGGAUUGGGAGUCAGAGCCUGGCCUGGCCAGUUGCUUCAAGGUAUUUCACAGUGAAAAAGUCCUGAUGAAAAGAACAUGGAGAGAAGCUGAAGAAUUUUGUGAAGAAUUUGGAGCUCAUCUUGCAAGCUUUGCCCAUAUUGAGGAAGAGAAUUUUGUGAAUGAGCUUUUAUAUUCAAAAUUCAAUCGGACAGAAGAAAGGCAGUUCUGGAUUGGAUUUAAUAAAAGAAACCCACUGAAUGCUGGUUCUUGGGAAUGGUCUGAUGGAACUCCUGUUGUCUCUUCAUUUUUAGACAAUUCUUAUUUUGGAGAAGAUGCAAGAAAUUGUGCUGUUUAUAAGGCAAAUAAAACAUUGCUACCCUCAUACUGUGGUUCCAAACGUGAAUGGAUAUGCAAAAUUCCAAGAGAUGUGAGACCCAAGGUUCCAUCCUGGUAUCAGUAUGAUGCACCCUGGCUCUUUUAUCAGGAUGCAGAGUACCUUUUUCAUAUUUCUGCCUCGGAAUGGUCCUCCUUUGAGUUUGUCUGUGGCUGGCUGCGCAGUGAUAUUCUCACUAUUCAUUCUGCACAUGAACAAGAAUUCAUCCACAGCAAAAUAAGAGCGCUAUCAAAGUAUGGUGUAAAUUGGUGGAUUGGACUUCGAGAAGAAAGAGCCAAUGAUGAAUUUCGUUGGAGAGAUGGAUCACCAGUAACAUAUCAGAACUGGGACAGAGGAAAAGAAAGACCUAUGGGCCGUAAUGAGAGCCAGAGGUGUGGCUUCAUUUCAUCCAUAACAGGUCUCUGGGCUAGUGAAGAGUGUUCAAUUUCUAUGCCUAGCAUCUGUAAGCGAAAAAAGGUUUGGGUCAUAGAAAAAAAGAAAGAUAUUCCAAAACAACAUGGAACAUGUCCCAAAGGAUGGUUAUAUUUUGACUAUAAGUGCCUUUUGCUGAAAAUCCCUGAAGGCCCAAGUGACUGGAAGAACUGGACAUCUGCUCAAGAGUUUUGUGUUGAAGAAGGGGGGACACUGGUCGCCAUUGAAAAUGAGGUGGAACAAGCUUUCAUUACCAUGAAUCUUUUUGGCCAUACCACUAAUGUGUGGAUAGGGUUACAAAAUGAUGAUUAUGAAAAAUGGCUAAAUGGAAGGCCUGUGUCAUAUUCUAAUUGGUCUCCAUUUGAUACAGUAAAUAUUCCAAAUCACAACACCACUGAAGUUCAAAAACGCAUUCCUCUCUGUGGCUUGUUGUCAAAUAAUCCUAAUUUUCAUUUCACUGGAAAAUGGUAUUUUGAAGACUGUAGAGAAGGUUAUGGGUUUGUUUGUGAAAAAAUGCAGGAUGCUUCUGGACACAGUAUAAAUACAUCUGAUAUGUAUCCAAUCCCUAAUACCUUAGAAUAUGGAAACAGAACUUACAAAAUAAUUAAUGCAAAUAUGACUUGGUAUACAGCACUAAAAACCUGCCUGAUGCAUGGAGCAGAACUGGCCAGCAUUACAGACCAGUACCACCAGUCUUUCCUCACUGUUAUCCUUAACCGAGUAGGAUAUGCCCACUGGAUUGGACUGUUCACUGAAGAUAACGGUCUUAGUUUUGACUGGUCAGAUGGCACCAAAUCCUCCUUCACUUUUUGGAAAGACGAUGAAUCAUCCUUCCUUGGUGACUGUGUUUUUGCUGACACCAGUGGACGCUGGAGUAGCACAGCCUGUGAGUCGUAUCUGCAAGGAGCCAUUUGUCAAGUGCCCACUGAAACAAGACUGUCUGGACACCUGGAGUUGUGCUCAGAAACAUCAAUUCCCUGGAUAAAAUUCAAAAGUAAUUGCUACAGUUUUUCUACAGUCCUAGACAGCACAAAUUUUGAGGCUGCUCAUGAAUUUUGCAAAAAGAAAGGCUCUAAUCUUUUAACAAUCAAAGAUGAAGCUGAAAACUCUUUUCUCCUAGAAGAGCUUUCAGCUUUCCGUUCUUCAGUCCAGAUGAUUUGGCUGAAUGCUCAGUUUGAUGGUGACAAUGAAACCAUAAAGUGGUUUGAUGGAACUCCCACAGAUCAAUCAAACUGGGGUAUUCGGAAGCCAGAGGUGGGCCACUUCAAACCCCAUCUGUGUGUUGCCCUGAGGAUUCCUGAAGGAGUGUGGCAAUUAUCCUCAUGUCAAGACAAAAAAGGAUUUAUAUGUAAAAUGGAAGCAGGACCAAGUCACAGCAUUAUACCUCUUACAGUAGCACUGACACUGAUAGCAAUUCUGGCAAUUUCCACACUUUCCUUCUGCAUAUACAAGCACAGUAACGUUAUCUUCAGGAGACUUGCUCAGUUUAGAAAUCCUUACUAUCCUUCAGCCAACUUUAGUACAGUACAUUUGGAAGAAAAUAUUCUCAUUUCUGAUCUUGAGAAGAAUGACCAAUAAUAAUGAAGUGAGAGAACGUCACGGCGGUGAGGAUGAGCAAAGAGUAUUUUUCUUUACAGACCAGAUGCCACUAUAAUGUGAAUCGUGUCACCAUCUUAGUUAUUCUGAAAAUGACUACUGGUUUUGAAUUGUAACCAAAUCAGAUAGGUGUUCAUUUAUUUAUUUCCUCAAACUGUGAUCUAUUCUUAAAAGGGGGAAAUUUUACAGUGCUUAUUAUUCAGAAAACAAGAACUAAUAAAAGAAACUCCCAAAUGAGACCCUUCAAACCAACAUGAAUAAUAGUUUUUGCAUUAAUAUGCUUUUACCAAAAAUUCUGGGGAAUUUUUAAGCUAAUCUGAUGUCUAUUCAGAUGUUUACCAAUACUCAUUCCAUUAAAAGAGAGGUGGGGGUGGGAAGCAAAACAAAUUUUAAAGUCCUACACUAGUAUAAGAGAGGAAAAAGAAAAGGCUUCUGAGAGGAUUCUUGUUUGGUUUUUAUCCAAUCAGUUUAACAGCAGGGUUUGCAAAACACUAAUAUCUCAGCUUAAUACUCACAGGUUCUGGACUCUAUACUAAUAUUUAGGAUGACAUUCAUUUUUAUUAGUUCUGUCUUCUCAAACUAAAGGAAAAGAAAAAUCACCUUUCUUUAAAUAGUAAAGAUCUACUGGAAAAAAUAAAUAAAUAAAUAGUAAAGAUCUUUUAGCAGCACACUUUCACAAGCAAUCAUACAAUGUGACCUAAAAUCAUCAAUUACUAACUGGUAACAAAGUUAGUCUUAAAAAAAACCUUAUAGAUAAGCUCAAAGGAAUACACUGAAAUAUUAAUACUGUUAAAAUUUAUGAGCUUUAUUUAGACUAAAGAUAUAAAGUGUAUACCACUCCUAUCAACCAAACGAUAUCAAAUGUAACUUGAAUUUAAAGGGGAAGAGUUAAAGAUCUGAAUUACAGUUUCAUUAGAAUAAGACUAGAGGAUGUGAUGAGAAGUACUAAAAAAUUACUCUCCAGAGUAAUCUAGAUACCUUUGCUAUAUAGAGUUUAUUUAGUAAAUUUUGGUUUGGGGGAACCAACUCCAUUUGCAUUGGACUAGUUAGUGUGGUCAGUAAAAAAUAAAAGCAUGAUACUAAUCCAUAAAUUAAAAAUCACAGACUUGGUCUUCCUUCAUUCAUUUCUUAUAAACAAAAAAAGACUUCAUAAUCAAUAUUCAAAACUUUACUCAUUACAUAAAUGUUUAUCAAGUUAAGAACCAAGAGCCAUUUUAGAAACUGGAGGUACUGGGGUAAGCACUUAGUUUCUAAUGAAGGAAAACCAACAGUAAAGCAGUCAAGAAACAUAUAAGAAUAAAAUAUCAGGUGGGUAUAAAGACUAAGUAAGGGCCUACAAUAGAAACCGGGAGAGUCUCCCUAGAGUGUGCAUUUUCAUUAUUACAACCAGCUGCCUCAAAACUGGUAGCAAACAGUCAAAAGAUGAAGCUUAGAGAAAGUAGGAAUAAGCCUCUAUGUGGAAAACUAUCAUCGUUAGAAACACAGUUUGAAGAAUGUGUCCUAAGAAUGAAGUCUUUGUGGCCUGAAAUAGUUAAUAUGGAGUCCAAAAGCAGCUGUUUGCUACACGCUGAGACAAUCUACUUCCGUAAUUUUGUUUGUUCAGGGACUUUAUUUUUUAAGAUAUUACAUCAUGUGGCAGUUUGUGUGUUUAUGACUCAAAAGAAGAACUGGUCUGGACUAACCAGAUGUUUAGCUCAAUUUAAUAAUCUGUCAAGUGAAAUUAAAGUUCUGUUCUUGUCAGUUGUCUUGCUAAAAACUGCUAAUCAAUUAUCCUUCUAGUCAAGGUAUAUUGAAGUGAAUAGUCAGUCACACAUAAAAAUUUGACAAAGUAUGUCAUUAGUAAAAUGAUUUUGCAG